GAUCUGCUGCUCACCCAGUAUACAGCCCUGGGACAGAUCACCCUGGGAUCUGCUGCUCACCCAGUAUUCAGCCCUGGGACAGAUCACCCUGGGACCUGGGUGAAGGACUUGGGGGUCUGUCUUUGGCGGUGUUUGCUGUAGCAGUUGACACUUCACAGCCUAAAGAGGAAGGUUUUCUGUGUCUUUCUGCUGUAAAACCACCAGCUCAACAUGGACCCUAGCAACAUGGACCCUAGCAACAUGGACCCUAGCAACAUGGACCCUAGUAACAUGGACCCUAGUAACAUGGACCCUAGUAACAUGGACCCUAGCAACAUGGACCCUAGCAACAUGGACCCUAGUAACAUGGACCCUAGCAACAUGGAGCAUGUUGAACCGAGUCUGAAACUCAGCAUCACCCAGUUAAACCAGGAGUGUCUCCUCCACCUCUUCUCCUUCCUGGACAAGGAAAGCCGUAGGUCUCUGUCCCUCACCUGCUGUCGUCUCAGAGAUGUCUACCUGGACCCCUGUCUGUGGACUCUACUCCAGUUCCACUCCCCCUCCGAGCUAAGGAGGGCUAAUUAUGUGCUAGGGCCCUCACUGCGCCGCCUGGACAUCACCUGGCUCAGCUCCAGGGUUAAGGUGUGUAAUGUGGAGGACUGGCUGAAGACGCAGUUCCAGAAAGACCUCUGCAGUAAACAUGACACCCUUGUAUCCAAGUUCCUGGAGCGUGUCUGUUCCAUGUGUCCUAACCUGCAGUUCCUGACCCUGUCUGGCUGCGGUCACAUCUCCGACCAGGAAGUCACCCGUGUUCUGCAGUGCUGCAGCCAACUGCGCUGCCUUCGAUUGGAGAACUGUGUCCGCGUCACCGACCGAACCCUGCAGGCCCUGGUGCUCCACGGUGCCGCGCUCCACCAGUUCACCGUGGACUUCUGCCGUAACGUGACCCAGGAGGGGCUGCUGGUAGUCAGGGAGAGACGGCCGGACAUCAGGCUGAGCGCAGAGCGAAGUGCAGGGAUGAUUCCUGAUAUUAAACCCGACAAGAAGACCCAGCGACCGCUUAGAAGGACUCUACUGCAGAAGGUCCUAAUGUUCUCCUGAAGAGAGACUAUGGUUUGUCCCUCUGGCUCUGGUCAAAAGCACAGCACUAAGUAGGGGAAAGGGUGCUGUUAGUGAGCAAGUAGGGCAUUUGGGAUGCAGGCUUUCCACUUUCCACUAAGAGGCGCCAUUGUAAUGCCUACGCUUCAACAUGAAUGACCUCUGACCUCUCUACUGACUGCUUUCAGUGGGUGGGCAAAAAUCUUUCUGAUUUUGUCAAAAUAGUUUGGGUUUUGCAUUUUAAUUGUCUUCAUGUUAUUGUUUUAUGUAUAUUUUUUGUUUGGUUGGUUUUUAUACCAAGAUUCAUACCAAGAUUGUUUUAUUAUUACGCAUUAAAUGUGUUGAGCACUAACUGUUAAUGAUGUUAAGGUCAAUGACAGAUGUAUGGACUUGCAGACUGACUGAUCCACUGACUCCUCCUGUGAUGGUUUGUCUCUUUCUGACACCCCCUAAAAUGACUUGCGGUUGUUCUUAUGUUGGGAAAUGCAUGAUGUUGUAUUAUACUGGGAGGGUUAUCUUACUGGGCUCAGUAGAUAUCUGGUCAAUUCCCAGUAUGUCCUCACAUUGAAGACAGUGUGAGGGGAGAAGUGGGGAGUGUGCUUUUGUCUUCCAGCCUUUCUGAUAUCUGCAGCUGCCAUAAAAGCUGAUACAUGAGGUCAGCUAGACAGGUUUUCUGAGGCCCUGCUGUCAGUCCAGCUGAUUCCAGCCCAAGAUGUUUCCGGCACAGUUGAUACCUCUUUACGUUAUAUUUGUUGUCUUGCAUUAUGCUACAGAAUGACUUCUCUGUUUUGGAGUGUUGCAUAACUGUGUCCUGAUGUUGCCAUUAUAAUCACUCUGGCCUGUCGGGCGUCGGGAAGCAUUGUGGUCGUGUUGUGUUGAACAUACUGUGUGAAUUAAAAAAAUUAACUAUU